AAACUUUCUCUAAAAAGAUGGCAACGGUCUGUCAACAGGAACAGAGUUUUGUCUCAGGCCAUAUCUAUAGAUCAACGAACUUCGAAGUGAAUGCGUGCUACGAGAAAUGUCAUGAGAACGACGAUAUUCUUCGAAGAAUGCUAAGUAAUUUGGAAAAUUCGUUUUGCCACAGAAAAUCGUAACUUACAUGUAACAUUCGUUAUUUGAUACACAUCUCGAUAAGAGUGUGACGUUCACCAAAAUGGCACUACAAGAAGAUGAAAACACCUGGGUUUUAGAGCUGGAAGCAGCAUUGUUAGAUACGGUGGCACCAUCAGCAUCCGAUAUAUAUGCAAUUUGCAAGGGGCAAGCAGUUCCUACAAAUCUAAGGCCAGACGUAUGGCAAGCUUGUUUGGAUGUGACUGAUCGAGGCAAUCAAUUAAGUCAUUUCAAUGAAGUUUUUGAUUUACCAGAACAAAAUUUGAUUCGUGAUGAUUGUCAGCAACUGGUUGCAAAGUUAGGAAAUGAUGAUGAGGACAAAGUAUCAGUUGUUUCUGAUUUAGAGUCCAUUGUAACAUUUUAUUGCAAAAGCAAAGGGAAACAGUAUAAGAGAGGUAAUGGAUGGCUGGAACUGUUGGGUCCUUUAAUAGCUUUAAAACUUCCUCGGAGCUCAACGUAUAAUUUAUUUGUGACAAUAAUAGAUAUUUAUAUUCCUAGAGGUGAAAUCUAUAGUUCUGUAUUAAGAUUGCUUUUGCUUUAUCAUGAACCAGAAUUAUGUUCUUUCUUAGACACAAAAAGAGUGUCUCCAGAUCAAUACACAAAAGGAUGGGUAACUACUUUAUUUGCUGGUGUGUGUUCAUUACCAGCUGUUUGUACAAUGUGGGAUCUAUAUUUCAUGCAAGCUGAUCCAUUCUUUAUGUUAUUUCUUUCACUUAUUAUGGUGAUAAAUGCUAGGGAGCAAAUUUUAAGUAUGAAAGACAACGAAAAGCAAAGUAUUAUAGAUGCAAUAGCUGCUAUGCCUUGUGCUCUAGAAGCAGAAGAUGUGACAGACUUUUGCUCGCUGGCGCAAUACUACGCGAUGAAAACACCAGCCUCGUUCAAGCAGGAUUUGUAUCCUGUUUUGUUUGGUGAGGGUUUCGAUGGGAAAUAUAUAUCACAUGCGUUGUGCUUGCCUGUGUCCGCUCAAGAAUUAGUCGAGAACUCUAUUGAAAGUCCGUCCGUACCUAACACAUCUGUUGAGUCAGUCAGAUUUUUCCUAGUGGAUUGCAGACCUGCCGAGCAAUACAAUGCAGGACAUCUGCCGACAGCAUUUCACUUAGAUUGUAAUUUGAUGUUACAAGAGCCAGCUGCAUUCGCCACAGCGGUGCAAGGAUUGUUGCAGGCACAACGGCAAGCACUAGCUGUUGGAUCGCAAGCUGGUGGCGAACAUCUUUGCUUUUUGGGAAGUGGCAGGCAAGAAGAGGAUCGCUAUACGCACAUGGUAGUCGCAUCCUUCUUGCAGAAACAUACACAAUACGUCAGCAUGGUCACAUCAGGAUAUCAAGCCAUACAUGAGUACUUUGGCGAUGAAGUCGUUUCUAGUCUCGUUGACCAUAAUUCGCAGUAUUGUUUAGUAUGUAGCGCUAACAUGUCCGAUACGAAUUCUAACGAAACGAGUCCUGCCAAGGUGAAGAAUAACAAUUCCUACUUUUUCGGGAAGAUAAAGAAAGUGAAGGGAAAGUUAUUCGAUUAUAUCGUGAAUCCAUCAGCAAGUGUUCAUAACAAUGUGGAAAGUAGGAAUGGUAAAGAUCCAGAGUAUACUAAACGGCAAAAAAAGACCGCCCCUGUAUUUAGCAUAGAUGACGACCAGGAAUUGGAUAUGGUAAUGACUAAUCACGAAAGCGAAGAACCCGUUGAAGUAGUCUCCAUUCAACAAUGGAUGAAGGAUCCAAAAUUGCUACAUUCCUUUAAAUGCCAAGAAGUGAAAGUGAAUAGAGAUCUCUGUGAUAGUAUACUUUUGGUUACUGACACUCACCUUAUUGUACUCCGGGAAAUACCAGAACGAAAAGGUGCAGCGCACGUAAUUGUCAAGCGUCCGUUGACGAGUAUUGUUAAGAUUACUUCUAGAAAACGAAACUCGGAUUUGAUCACAUUCAAAUACGGUACAACGCAGUACAAUGACAUGGUCAUCUCGGACAUGGACAAAUUUCUAAUUCCUAACGCGACUGAGGCUACUAAAUUGAUCACACAUCAAAUCCUCAAACAAUUGGAAACCACCAAUUAAUGUUUAAGAGUUUUGUAAACGAUCGCGCACGCUGAUCCAACACCUACAGAUAUGUACAGAUUAAGAUUCGAUAUAUUUUAGAAGAGUUGUCAUGGAUAAGUGUGAGAUUCGACAAAUACUUCUUUUUAUUUGUUUAACCGAUUACAAUGUUCUUACUUAAAUGGUACUACGUAUACAACGUGUCACAUUAAUAUGUAUUUAAUAAUGAAAGUCUGUAAUUUGUAGAUGAAGAUUUUAACACGAGCGUGUCAUAUAUAGAACUGAUGAAGAUGUCAUAUAUAGAACGGUGUCAUUAAUAACAAUACGCGGCCAAACAUGAUUUACAACUGGAUUGUAAGGUUUUGGUGAUUGUACUAAGUCUUUGUUUUCAAGAAUUUCCACGUACUAUUCCUCAAGCACUUUUUCGAAUCUUCGAAAAACAUACGAUUUCCAUAGGAAAGCAUUUUUUGCAUUUUUUAUUGUAAUAACGUCAUAACGAACGUUCACGAUUCUCUGAAUUUAGUUAUUACUUCACAAGUGGCUAAACGGUGGCCUUACUAGCAAAAAAGAAUGGGAGAGGUAAUGGACUCAGCAAAUUAUUCAUCGACACGAGUAUGUAGGAAUGAAUGUAAUGUGCCAUGAAUAAGGAUAUUGUUGGUUCCUCUGUGCAAAGUGAUUUGCGUGAAGCGAACCACUUGUCUCUAAUGGAUUUAAGAAUGCCAAAUGAUUCAAGUAAACAUUUUACAGCUUAUAUUAAAACAUUCAGCGGUAUACGGUAAAUUCUCCCCAAUUUUCCUUCGCUUGUAAUAAAGGGGACAAUUUGGGAAGGGGAGAUAUGAUUAUUCGAUUAUCACUUCGGCUAUCAAAUUUCUGACAUUCAUUUAUAGAACUAAAGAAGAAAAGUACAGCUCGUGGUAAUGUUUCUACCCGAAUGAAAAGUAUUUUUGGACAAGAUAGACUUCUUUAGCAUCAACAUUAAUUUUGUAUAAAGUUUAAUUGAUAAACCCAUCAGAGACAUUUGUGAUCAGCUUCUUGCGAUUCAAAUUGUACAAAUACGGUUUGUAAUGCAGCAUCUGUAUACAUAUACAUAAUAUUAAAUUAAUAAUUUAUUAAUUUGUUGAAUCCAAAAAACUUUGAAUUACACGCUGGUACGGCAUUUGUCACACACAUUGAUGUAUAUUCUCUAUACGUUAUGAUGAACUGAUGAUUGGUCCUAAUCUAAUACAUAUAAUUCAAGGAAUAUUACACAUAAAUGGUUAUAAUUGCAUUUUGUAUAACCUAGUCUCGCAAUACUUGUCUUUAUAUAAUAUUUACAAAUGGUACAAAAUGUACGGGAAGGAUAAUGGUAUCAUCACUUCGCAGGCAUACCUAUUACACUGCCUGAUUAUAUUUUGAAGAAUUUUUAAAGUUUACCAUUUACCACUUUUCAAAAUAUCUGUACAAUUCGUGAAACAGAUUGUCUUUUACCAACAUAUACGUUCGGAGAAUUAUGUGGUACAAUUCUCUUUGAAUUAGUUAAUAGAAGCAUAGCACUAUGUAUUAAACAAAUUUAUCCCUUUGUAAUUUGGGACAAUACCGCCUGUAAUAAUUGUUAAUUUUUGUAUAAAUUUCCAAAACAAAGUCUUACAUAACUACAAUUUCGUUAUUAUAUUACAAAUUGAAUUAUUUUUUAGAUGCACUUACGGUGAUUCUACGUUUCAGAUCAUGUAAUAAUAGUUAGAUCUAUAUUUAGUAACUUAUCAAAACCUUAAAUCUUGUAGAUACUACCAAAAUUGUUAAUACUUGUAAUAAAUGUAAAAAUAGAAAAUUUUCUAUUUAUGUGCUUCCGCAACGAUCGACGAGCAUAAACAAUGGGGUAGUCGUUGACUAAAGAAACUUAAUAAAUUCUAAAAAUAAAUUGUAGAGUACUGUAAAGCACUUAAAUACAAGUUUUCAGUUGUAUAUGUAAAUAAAUUUUAUGUAAUGCAUAUGAACGCGUUUAAAUGAUAUGUAUUUUUAAGAAAUUGUAAAAAUAAAAUACAACUAUAGCCAUUCUAAAACACAUCAA